AUGUUGUCUGCACUGCGAGUGAGAGCUGUGCUUCUCCUCCAUGUCCUAACAACAGUGACUGCACUGAUAGACUCUGAUGAUGUCAUCACACGAGACGAACAGAUCUACGUUCUGAUUGGUGCUCACGCCAAGUGUGAGAGGAGUAUCCAGGCACAAAUGGCCCUCGUUAAAGAAGGUGAGUGCAUCCCAGAAUGGGACGGGAUAAUCUGCUGGCCACGGAGCCAAGCCAGUCAGCUGGUCUCAGUGUUGUGUCCGGAGUACAUCUACGACUUCAACCACCGAGGCCGAGCCUACCGCCAGUGUGAUGCCUCAGGGAGCUGGGAGCGGGUGCCCAGCAUCAACCGCACUUGGGCCAACUACACAGAGUGCACCACCUACUUGACCUCCAACCACAGGAGCCAGGAGGAGAAGGUGUUUGAGAGACUUCACCUGAUGUACACCGUUGGCUACUCCAUCUCUCUGGUCUCGCUGAUGGUGGCCGUCUCCAUCCUCUGCUAUUUCAAACGUCUCCACUGCACACGCAACUAUAUCCACAUCCACCUCUUCACCUCCUUCAUGUUUCGGGCCAUCAGUAUCUUUGUGAAAGAUGCCGUGCUUUACUCCAUAUCUGACGACAACAAGGAUGAGCCUGGGCUUCUUGGACAAAGACCCCAUAUGGCUGGUUGUAAAGUGGCCGUCACUCUCUUCCUGUACUUCCUGGCUACAAAUCACUACUGGAUCCUGGUGGAGGGGCUGUACCUGCAUAGCCUCAUCUUCAUGGCCUUCCUCUCCGACAAGAACUACCUGUGGGCCCUCACCGUCAUCGGCUGGGGUGUACCAGCCGUGUUUGUGUCCAUCUGGGUCAGUGCACGAGCAUCCCUGGCGGACACACAAUGCUGGGACAUCAGCGCAGGAAACCUUAAGUGGAUCUAUCAAGUUCCCAUCCUGGCAGCCAUUGUUGUGAAUUUCUUCCUCUUCCUCAACAUAAUUCGAGUGCUGGCCUCUAAAUUGUGGGAGACAAACACUGGUAAACUGGAUCCUCGACAGCAGUACAGGAAGCUUCUGAAGUCCACAUUGGUCCUCAUGCCCUUGUUUGGAGUGCACUACAUGGUGUUCAUGGCUCUUCCCUACACUGAGGUCACUGGGCUGCUGUGGCAGGUGCAGAUGCACUACGAGAUGUUUUUCAACUCGUCCCAGGGCUUUGUCGUUGCAUUCAUCUACUGUUUCUACAACGGAGAGGUGCAAGCGGAGUUAAAGAAAGCCUGGCUGCGGCGGAGCCUCGCUCUGGACCUCAAACAGAAAGCCAGGAUGACGAGCAGUGGAGGCGGCGGCAGCUGUUAUUAUGGUGGCAUGAUGUCCCACACCACCACUCACAGUGUUAGCCUCUCUGCUGCCAACCCCCGGGCCGUCUCCCUCACCGGGGGGGUGAUGGGCUCAGGUGGUGCUGCUGCUGGUGGGGCAGGGGUCAGGCAGCCGCGCCUCACCUCCCUUCACCCGCUAACAAGCCUGCCUGGAUACGUGCCCAGUGAUACUGAGACCUCCAGUCCGCAGCAGGAGCUGGCUAUGAGGAGGUCAGGGGGAGCGGGGUCCGGGACGGGGGUCUUUGCCAGGCAUCCAAGAGCAAGCAAAGGAAGCCAUGAAGGGGCCAGGAGUCACGGAGGGUCAGGCUCUUCAACCCAAAGCCCAGGAGAAGAAGAUCCAGACAGCACCUUGUCUCCGAAGGAGCUUGAGACAAUAUUUUGA